AUCUUAAUCAGUUAAUUGGAGAAAAACAGAUCACUACAAUUUCACACAAAAACACGCGCGCGCACACAAAAACCAGAGACGAGAGAACAAACAACAGAGGCAUAGCCACAGCGUAGUGUUGAAACCUCUUCGUCUUUACUCAUAUAGGUAUAUCAAACCCUAAUUCCCCAAUUUAAACACCAUUUAAUCUGAUCCGAAACCGCUCUCUGUCGCUCCAAAUACAAUUUCUGCAGAUCUUCAUAUACUUCAAUUGAGGGAGGGAGAUAUAUAGGAAUUUCGAUUAUUUGAGAUCCAGAUAUCAGUGUGUUGGAUUGAUAAGGAGUUAUUGAGGGCGCUUGCUGCGAAUUAUGGCGUGUAUAAAGGGGAUAAACAGAUCGGCGUCAGUGGCCAUGGCGCCGGACACACAGUACAUGGCGGCUGGGACCAUGGCUGGGGCUGUGGAUCUUUCUUUCAGCUCGUCCUCGAACCUCGAGAUCUUUAAGCUUGAUUUCCAGUCAGACGAUCGUGACCUCCCCGUUGUUGGUGAAGUACCCAGCUCCGAGCGCUUCAACCGUCUCUCUUGGGGAAAGAAUGGAUCCGGCUCUGAUAGUUUUGCCCUCGGUCUCAUUGCUGGCGGUCUUGUCGAUGGCAGCAUUGACCUAUGGAACCCUCUGUCUCUGAUCCGCUCUGAUGCAAGUGAAAGUGCUCUUGUCGGACAUCUUUCAAGGCAUAGAGGGCCUGUUCGUGGUCUUGAGUUCAAUGCCCUCUCUCCUAACUUGCUUGCUUCUGGUGCUGAUGAUGGUGAAAUAUGCAUAUGGGAUUUAGCUAGACCUGCGGAGCCUUCUCAUUUCCCACCUCUCAGGGGUAGCGGUUCUGCUGCACAAGGUGAAAUAUCAUUUCUUUCUUGGAACAGCAAGGUUCAGCAUAUAUUGGCAUCCACUUCAUAUAAUGGAACAAAUGUGGUUUGGGAUCUAAAGAAGCAAAAACCAGUGAUAAGUUUUGCAGAUCCUGAGAGAAGACGGUGCUCGGUUUUACAGUGGAAUCCUGAUGUUGCCACUCAGCUUGUUGUUGCAUCAGAUGAAGAUGCUUCUCCUGCCUUGAGGCUUUGGGAUAUGCGGAACAUAAUUACACCUGUGAAAGAGUGGGUGGGGCACACCAGAGGUGUAAUUGCUAUGGCAUGGUGUCCCAAUGACAGCUCGUAUUUACUAACUUGUGCCAAGGAUAAUCGAACUAUUUGCUGGGACACAGUUACUGGAGAGAUUGUCUGUGAAUUGCCAGCUGGCACUAACUGGAACUUUGAUGUACACUGGUACCCAAAGCUACCUGGAGUCAUAUCAGCUUCUUCAUUUGAUGGGAAAAUUGGGAUUUUUAACAUUGAGGGUUGCAGUCGAUAUGGGGCAGGAGAAAGUGAUUUUGGUGCAGUAUCACUGAGAGCUCCGAGAUGGUAUAAACGUCCUGUAGGAGCAUCUUUUGCCUUUGGAGGAAAGCUUGUCUCGUUUUGCCCUCGGCUUCCUGCUGGAAAUGGUUCAGAUGUUUUCGUGCAUAGCAUAGUUAUGGAAGACAGUUGGGUGAGCCGCUCAUCUGAAUUUGAAGCCGCAAUACAAAAUGGGGAGAGGUCUUCUCUUAGAGUUUUAUGUGAUAAAAAAUCUCAAGAGUCCGAAUCAGUGGAAGACCGGGAAACAUGGGACUUCUUGAAGGUUAUGUUUGAAGAAGAUGGCACAGCAAGGACAAAACUGCUCAACCACCUUGGUUUUAGCAUACCUAUUGAAGAGAAAGAGACUUUACAGGAUAAUCUAUCACAGGAGGUUAAUGCCAUUCAACUUGGUGAUUCAGUGGAAGAAAAACCGGGACAUGAGAGCAAUAAAGAGGCGACCAUAUUUGCUGAUAAUGGGGAAGAUUUCUUUAACAACCUUCCGAGUCCUAAAGCUGAAACACCUUUGUCAACCUCUGAGAAUAACUUUGUAGUUGGGAGUUCUGUCCCAAGUGCUGAAGAAGAAACACCGUCAGAACCAGAUGUUCUGGAGGAGAGUACUGACCCAACAUUUGAUGAUGCCAUUCAACAUGCUUUGGUUGUGGGAGAUUAUAAGGGGGCAGUUGCACGGUGCAUCGCUGCAAAUAAAAUGGCUGAUGCUUUAGUUAUAGCGCAUAUUGGUGGUGCAUCUUUGUGGGAGACCACUCGUGACCAAUACCUUAAGAUGUGCCAUUCACCAUACCUAAAGGUUGUUGCUGCAAUAAAGAACAAUGAUCUCAUGAGCCUUGUAAACACCAGGCCCCUGAAAUUCUGGAAAGAAACGCUUGCGCUACUUUGUUCAUUUGCUCAGGGAGAGGAAUGGACUGUGCUUUGCGACACUCUUGCUUCAAAACUAAUGGCUGUGGGCAACACCCUAGCAGCUACUCUCUGUUACAUUUGUGCUGGAAAUAUUGAUAAAACAGUGGAAAUCUGGUCAAGAAGCCUGACUACUGAGCAGGAGGGAAAAUCCAAUGUCGACCUUCUUCAGGAUUUGAUGGAAAAGACCAUUGUCCUUGCUUUGGCAUCAGGGCAGAAGCGAUUUAGUGCAUCUUUGUGCAAACUUGUUGAGAAAUAUGCUGAAAUUUUAGCAAGCCAGGGGCAUUUAACGACAGCAAUGGAGUACUUGAAGCUUUUGGGUUCUGAUGAAUUGUCACCUGAGCUUGUGAUCUUAAGAGAUCAUAUUGCUCUUUCUGCUGAACCUCAGAAAGAAACUAAAGCUACGGUGUUUGAAAACUCUCAACUGCAGACUGGUUCACUAUACAGUGCGGAUCAAUCAAAUCUUGGCAGCAUUGAGCCAACUCAGCACUAUUAUCAGGAGACAGUCGCUUCUCAGUUGCAGCAGACAAUUCCUGGAAGUCCAUAUACUGAAAAUUACCAGCCAAUUUAUGAUUCUUCAUAUGGAAGGGAAUAUGGUGCCGCUCCAACAUAUCAACCUGCUCCACAGCCUCAGAUAUUCCGUCCAUCGCUGGCACCUCAGGUUCCCCAGACAAAUUUUGCUCCCCUUCCUGUUACCUCUCAGCCCACUGUACAGACAUUCGUUCCUUCAACCCCUCAAAUGCUGAGAAAUGCAGAACAAUACCAGCAGCCAACAUUGGGUUCUCAGUUAUAUCCUGGGACUGUCAACCCCGCUUAUCCUGUACAAUCUGGACCUGGUUCACAUGGUCCUGUUACAUCUGAAGGCCCGGUUCCUGUCAAUCAAAUGCCACCAGUAGCUCCUGGACCUAGGCCUUUGGGAUUUAUGCCAGUGACCAAUGCAGGUGUUGUUCAAAGAACUGGAAUGAGUCCGGGUCAAAUGCAACCCCCCAGUCCUACUCAGUCUGCCUCUGUACAGCCAGCUGUGACACCUGCAGCUCCACCACCUACAGUACAGACGGUUGAUACAUCAAGAGUUCCUGCUCACCAAAAGCCUGUUAUUAGCACACUGACAAGACUUUUCAACGAGAUAUCGCAAGCCCUGGGAGGUUCACGAGCAAAUCCUGCUAAGAAACGUGAAAUAGAAGACAAUUCUAGGAAACUAGGUGCCUUGUUUGCAAAACUCAACAGUGGUGACAUAUCUAAAAAUGCCGCUGAUAAGCUUGUGCAGCUGUGCCAGGCAUUGGACAACAAUGAUUUUGCUACAGCCUUACAAAUCCAGGUACUUCUUACCACCAAUGAGUGGGAUGAAUGCAACUUCUGGCUAGCGACACUCAAGCGGAUGAUCAAGACAAGGCAGAAUGUUAGAUAAGUUUUCCAAAGUCACAUACUAAAGCACAUUCAGACGCAUAUUUUUUGCUGCCCUCUUGUGCAAGUCCUUUUUACUGCACUGAUCAUUCCUCUAUUCAAUAUACACAAGAAUGGUAUCAUAAACUUCCAAGUGCAGGAUCUGGGUUCACCACUCUUUACUUCGCUCCAUCAAAAUCUGGACUGGCUUUCACAUUAGUGCUUUUUUUUUCCAGAAGUGUUGGUGAGAAUAAUUUUGAAAACAUUUUCUUUGCCUCCUUUUACAUCUUUCUUUGUAGGGUUCGAGUAAUUGAGUUUGGGUUCUUUUCAACUCAUAAAUGGCCCACCUUUAAGUUUUAGUUAAAAGUUGGAGCUUUUUUCAGAAAAUACCCUGUCUUGACUUGAAUUGAUUUCUUCAAUGGCCAUCAGUUGUAUUUCCUUUUAUUUA